AUGCUGCUGCAGACUGGUGGUGAAGAUGGUGAUGAUGCUUCUUCUUCUUCUGCUGCUGCUGCUGCUGCUGCUGCUGCUGCUGCUUCUGCUUCUGCUCCAGGAGGCAGAGGUCUGGCGGGAGUGAAGCUUGUUGUCGAUGCAGCUCUCACGUGUGUGUCCGUGUCGGUCUGA